AAUAAAAAUACAAAAUCCCAGCUUCCAGCACGACGAUGGCCAGCUACGACGGCGUCGCGGUCUCGCCCUCCAAGAAGCAGGCGCUGCUUGGCGACGCUGCACCUCUCCGCAUCGUCGUCGUCUCGGGCAAGGGCCUCGUCGCGCUCGGCAGCGACGGCCUCACGAGCAACUGCAUGUGCGAAGCCACGCUCAUCCUGCGCGGAGGCAAGACCACGACGACCAAAACCAAGGUCGCCAAGAUGACGCGCAACCCGCUGUGGCACUGCCCCGUGGCCUUGGACGCGCAUGCUGUCGCCGACAUUGAGAGCCUCCAGAUCGCGGUGCGCCACGUCUCGGGCUUUACGUCCAAAGAGAUGGGCGUCGCCGUGAUCCCGAGCGACUUUUUCCUUGGCGAGCAAAACGCCGAGCAGUGGUUUGACCUCGCGCCCACGUCGACCAUGAUGCGCCAGACGUCGUUCCGCGAAGAUCGGCCGUACGGCCAAGUGUGCGUGAGCUUGUCCUCAACUACGGCGCCGCGGUCGCAGGGCAACUCGUCUGUACUCUCCGCAUCGUCGAGCGUUCCGGCCGCUGCUUCGUCCGAUGCAUCGGUCGUGCGCAAGCAUGAUCCUGUCGCCGAGCUCGUUGCCGUCCGCAACUGCCACCAGUCGCUGCCGCAGCCAGGCGAGACGUGGUAUGUCAUCGCCGCGUCGUGGGUUGAAGCAUGGCUCACCUUUGUGGCCAAGAAGUCCAAUGACGCGCCCGGCGAGGUCGCCAACCAGAGCCUCCUGGACCCCACAACCGGGCGGCUUCGCGCCACGGUGCAUCUCAAGACGGACGCGCGGCUUAUCGAUCCGCAGAGCUGGGCGCUCUAUCGUCGUUGGUACGGCGGCGGUCCUGUCAUCGCGGUGCAGGUCCCGACCGACGUCCGCAGCGUCGGGCGCUGGAUGGCCAAGCUCGAUCUGCCGUCCGUCGCCGUCGUUCACGCCCCGUAGUGCUCUUAUAUCUAUCAGCUGUGCUUUUGUGCAUCUCUAACACUUGAAUGAAUCUGUCGUGGUCGCCCGUCUGGUC